GUCGUUGCGUUCGAUACGAUCAGGUGUGCUUUCCCAUCAGCUAGCGUCAAAGUUGCCCUCUGUAUUUGGUUGCUUGGUUACAUGUUCUCUUCGAAGCCCGCGUGCUCUGCCUGCUUGGAUCUUUUGGUGUAAAGUUGCGGUUUGAUUCUUUUGCGCUGUCAUCACCAUUUUGUAAGUGCUAGUGCUGUAUUGUGGACCGUAUCGAGGAGAAUAUUACUAACGGUCGCGAUCGCUGGUGAUCAUUUACAAAGUCAAACAGUUUCUUUUUAUAUAUUUUUAUUAGUGAUUUUGAAACGUGGUGACAAGCAGAAAACAUUACAAAAGUGCAAAUGAACCUAAAGAGAGUUUGAAGAGAUUGUAUUGAAGAAAACCAUUGCACAGUUUUUGGAACAUCGAGCAAGACGUGUUUAGUUUAACAUUUAUUCGUAGUGAAUAAUUACAUAAUAAUUAUUCAAUUUAUGAGAAAUUGUGUUAGUGGUGUGAAAACGAUAAACUGCAAAAGUGAGAAAAAAUAUUUGCCAAUCUUACUUCAGUUUCUGUGACUUGAUUAGAUACAUUUUAGAUCGGCAUACAUACUAAAAGUUUGAAGAGUUAGUAUUGGUUUUUUGGAUACAGCUAUUUAGCACAUUGAUUUACACCAUCAUUCGCCGUCUCCGUCUUGAAAUUAUAACGACGCAGCAUUCUCGGUUCCUUUUGUGCACACGGCAACACACAUCAGCAGCUAGAACCAUCGAACAUAAACGGUGCUGAACAGAAAAUUGGCCAACAAAGAACACAUCAUGAUUCUUGUUAACCAUUAGCAACAUAUAGACAGGAAACAUUCCAGAAGCCAUAGAAUUCUUCUAGCAGCACAUUCUUAUUCACGGGACUAUCAACACUUAGAUAGCAAAAUGACUGCAGUUGAAGUGCAUUCGGGCUAUAAAUACUAUGGAAAGGAAAAAGAUGUUAACAAAAAGAUAGUGUUGAAUCACCUGAAUAUGAGUGUGACUAGAGGAUCAAUAUAUGGAUUACUUGGAGCUUCUGGAUGCGGGAAAACAACACUGUUAUCCUGUAUAGUGGGUCGAAAAUUCUUAAACAGUGGUGAAAUAAAUGUAUUGGGAGGCACACCUGGAACGCCAGGAUCCGGAGUACCGGGACCAAGAAUAGGUUAUAUGCCACAGGAUAUUGCUCUUGUGGAGGAAUUUUCAAUUAAAGAAACGAUAUACUACUUUGGUCGCAUAUAUGGCAUGUCCACGGAUAAAAUACGGGAGCGGUAUAAAUUACUUAAAGAGUUGCUGGAACUACCUUGUGAUGAUCGACAUGUCGGAAAUUGCAGUGGAGGUCAACAGAGACGAGUUUCGUUUGCCGCUGCCAUGGUCCACGAACCUGAACUAUUGAUCUUGGACGAGCCAACAGUUGGGCUUGACCCGCUGUUACGGGAAAGAAUAUGGCACUACUUAGUCGAUACAACAAGUACAAGCAAAUUGGCUGUGAUAAUUACUACGCAUUAUAUCGAGGAAGCAAGACAAGCUUCUUGUAUUGGGUUAAUGCGAAAUGGAAUUCUGCUGGCAGAAGAUACACCCAUUCAUAUCAUGGAGCGAUUUAAUUGUACAAAUCUGGAAGAUGCCUUCCUUACUCUUUGCCAAAAACAUGGUCCCUCAGAAGAGGCUGAUCGAACUACACACGAGUCACAUACCUUACGUAGUAUAAAAUCUAUAGAAACGGUAGAAGACGUUGCGUCCGAUAUCAAAAAGUCUAUCCCGCCACUGUCAUCUCCAAGCAACGAAAAGAAAGAGAUUAGUAAAAGUUUGUACGAAGAGAGUAGAAAACCGAUUACCAAAACUAUUAAAGAGGUUUUGAGCUUCACAACAAAACGAAGAAUGAAUGCACUGCUUUCGAAAAACUUUCUACAAAUGAUCCGGCAGCCUGCUGGAAUGGUAUUUCUGUUCCUUUACCCCAUAUUUCAGUUGGUAAGUUUUUACGUAGCAAUAGGUGGAGAUCCAAAGGACCUUCGGAUAGGCAUCGUAAACGAUGAGGUAAACAACAUACAGGAAUGCUUCAACCGAUCUCUUAUCACCACGUUCUAUCGCGAUGAGUAUGACUGCGAUUUGUACAAAGUCUCCUGCCGGUUUCUGGAUCAUUUAAAUCGGAGUAUUGCGAUACAGGAAUAUUACAAUUCCUUUGACGAUGCCUACAAAGCAGCCAGAACUGGAAAAAUAUGGGGUUUCAUUUAUUUCUCGGACAAUUUUACUGAGUCCCUACAAGAUGUGAGAGACAAUGUGCGGGAUGCCGAUAGUGGAUCUUUCCUUACUUCGGAAAUAAAGGUAUAUUUGGACAAAUCAGAUCAGCAGGUGACAUUUUUUCUUGAAAAAAAGCUGAUAGAAACAUAUAAGGAAUUCGCUGAAGAUGUUAUGUCCGAUUGUCAUUUGCCGAAACAGCUGGCAAAUAUUCCAAUCACAUUUGAGGACCCUGUGUAUGGGUCCUUCAAUGACGAAUUUACCGAUUUUAUGGCUCCAGGAGUUGUCAUGACAAUGAUAUUUUUCCUCGCUACGCUAAUUACCGCAACGAUAUUCAUCACCGAUCGGCUGGAGGGUGUCUGGGACAGAACGUUAGUAGCAGGCAUCACGGCCCUCGAGUUACUGUUAGCCCACAUAAUUACGCAAACGUCGAUUAUGCUGCUGCAAUGCGUGGAAAUAAUCCUACUGGCCACGUUCAUUUUCGACGCGCAGAACCAAGGAAGCAACAUAACCGUGGUCGGUUUGCUAAUGCUGUUGGGCUUCGCCGGAAUGCUGUAUGGUUUGCUGAUUUCCAUAUUUUGUGAUGCACAUUCGACGGCGAACUUCAUGGCCACUGGAAGCUUCUAUCCCAUGAUAAUCAUGUGUGGAAUUUUGUGGCCCUUGGAAGGUAUGCCUCAGUAUCUGCAAUACCUGGCCUACUGUUUCCCGUUCACGGUGCCAUCGAUGGCGGUUCGCAAUGUGCUUUCCAAAGGGUGGAGCAUCACUAACUCUCAGGUGUAUAUGGGCUACGGUGCAGUUGGUGUUUGGAUAAUUAGCCUUUUGUUAUUAUGUUUAAUCGGAUUGAAGAUCAAGAAAUAGGAAUAUGUUAAUCACAUUAGGAAAUAUUCCAACUCAAUAAAUAGCUAUUUAGUUAUAAUUUGGUUAGCGCUGUAUAUACGAAUUACUGGUUAUUACUUGAUUGAUUAUUCAAUCGGGAGAAUCUGUAGAAAAGAUGUUUAAAAUUUGCUCACCAGAUAUUUGGAUAUAGCUCAAUUAGACAUAGAAAGGGUAUAACGCGUUGCUAAGCAAAAAAAAAAUCCAAAAUAAGAGUAUCGCAGAUUUUAUUCAAUCUCUCUAAAAUUUGGUGUAGCAAAGUUAUCACUGCUGUCACCUGUGUGAUAGCGUUUACGUAAGGUAUAUUCUGAAAGUCUGUUAUUUAUAAUACCAAUGUUGUUUAGAUAUAAAGAAUGAGUGUGAAAAUAGGUUUCGUGACGUUAUGAGACUAAUUUAUUUUUUCAGUGUACAUUCCUUACCCCGUGAGGCAAAUAGAUAACCAGAAUAUAACUUUCUCUAGAUUUUUCUAAAAAGAAAAUCUUUUCAAUUGUGGCACACAACGGUGUAUUAAGGUUUUUUGACAUUCUUUAUCUGUUCAUUGAAUUGUAUUUGAGCUAACAUAUGCAGGAAGUUUAAUCAUAAUUUGAUAAUGAUAAAAAACAAAGAAAUCAUCUUUUUCCCCAAAGCCCUAAAACGAAUUCAAUAUUUUACGUGAAACGGAUUUUUUGUUAGAAAAAUACUAGAUGAUAUUUUUUAAAUAAAUGAGUGUACUAUAUAAAAAUAA